GGCACCCCGCAGGCGCUCUGCUCAAAUUGCAAUCAAAGGGAAACAAAAUGGACGGAGUGUAGUGACUACGUUUAAAUGAUCUAAAUAUUGUCAGAUUUUUGAAAAUAAUUCACUUUGAAUCUCAAGAGUUAUUAAAAAUAAAAUAUUACCGUCAUUAUAAUUCAAUUAGCUAGUAUUAUAUUGUAUAUUGUUUGUCUUUUAAUAUCGUUCAGUUCUUUGAAAUAUGGUAUCCAUUUUGUGAUCAAUCGUAUUGUGUGGCGUUUACAAAUAAGAUGGGUCAUCUAAUUUGUUCUCGGAACAUACAAUACAAACUUAUUUUAAUUCACUCUUAAUUGAGUGAUGGACUCAUAUAACUUAUUUGGUGAUGAUGGAAGCGGUAUGUUGGAAGGACUCACUGAUCUCGGUGGAGCAGAUACCUUCGCUGGUAGCUCUUCAUCUGGAGUGACUGGUGAUGCAAAAGACUCUACAGAAAAUAGUUAUAGGCAGCCAUAUAAUCCAAACAGUGUGGCACAGGAAGGAACUAUUCAAAAACUGGCAUCGUUUGGCAGUGGUGGUGCAGGUGGAAUAAGUGGUAGUUCACAGAGUGUGCCAAAUCCAGUUCCUGGUCCUCCAGGGCCAGACUACCAUGACUAUGGCAGCUACCCCCCGCGUCCACGCCUGCCUCAACCCUCUCACGCUCCUCUCCAUCCAUCACACCAUGUCCACCCUUCACAUUCAUACCCAGGAUAUCACCCUGGUCCUGAGCCAAUGUAUACAAUACCAGAACAAGGAAUUGGAGAUAUGGGUGUAUGGUCAGGACCACCGGGAGCUAACAGAUACUCGCCAAUCACACCAGGAUAUAGACAUUCAUAUGAACAUCAGCAAAAGAUUCACCAAUAUCCACCUCAGCAGUCUGCUGGUAUUGGUGGUUUGCAGUCCCAAAAUGGUGCUUACAUGCCACGACAACCUCACUUUCCUCAACCAACUUCUCAACAAUUGUAUGGGCAACAGCAGAACUAUCCCAAUUAUACUCAAAUGCAUCCUCCAGCUGCUACAAGAAUUUCUCAGCACCCUGCAUAUCAUCAACAAAUGGAUGUAAAUCCUCACCAAUAUGGCUUAUCACAUAAUCAGCAAAGUCAUAGUGCAAUACAGCAACACCAAUCCCAUCAAAGCAUGCCAAGUCACACAGGCGGUAUUGGACCUGGAAUUCAAGGUCAUCCAAAUCCACAUCUUCAUCAUGCAGGAGCUCCUCCUUUACAUCAUGUUCCUCGACAACCACCGGUUCCUCCUUCUUCAGUAGGACCAUCACAUGCUGUACCUUCUCAAAUGCCUUAUGGGUCUCCACAUCAUUCUGUCCCUAUGACAUACCAACCUCACCAGGUACAGCACCCUUUAGAUGUAAAUGUCACAAAUCAAUAUGCUCCUGUGAAGCCUAGUGGAAUCGAAACUGGCAGUCCUCAAUAUCGACCUCCUUUUCCUCAACUAUCACCACAAAUGUCCCCAAGGGCACAGGUGUCUCCCAGACAACAACCACAACUUUCACCGCGACCUAUUAUGUCGCCCGUUAAAGGACCCAGUGCUUCACCGCUCAAUUCUCGCAAUGUUGUUCAGUCACCAGCUACAUCCGGACCUCCCCCUGUGUCUGGCUCAUUUACAUCUCAAAAUACUCUUCAAGCUUUAGAACAAAUGGUGUUGCCAACAAGCGGGGAAUAUCCAUUUCAACGUAAUCCCGCAUCACCAGCAGUUGGCCAUAAUAUUGUAUCUUCUCCUACACAGUGGAGUCAAAAUAAAAUUUCAACUUCAAUAAGCACUCUACAGAUUGAAAGUGCUGAACAAGUUGCAAAAUCGUUGGAGGUAUCAUCAGUACCCAUACAAAAACAGGAUCAAGUAAAAACAAGUCCGAUUUCUAUUACAAAUGUUGAAAGUAAAAUUGUAGAUAAAAACCAUGAUAGUGAUAGAGGUUCGGAAGAUAAUAAUCCUUCAAGGUUUUUAAUAAACACAUCUAAAGAAAACAUAUUGACAAAUCCUAUUAAUUCUGCUAUAACAACAACUCCAACAAACUGUGUAACUGUCUCUGCUGCAAAUAUUGAUCCAAAAGAAAGUGUAGCCCCAAUUCAUCAAUCUAAUGAAAUGUAUGAAAAUUUAGACAAGUCUAAAGAAGAAAUUAAAGUCGAUACUGUACUGAAUAUUGAAAAUAAAUUGGAAAGUAAACAAAGUGAAAGUAUGAUAAGCCAAAAUGGUGAGUCUCGAAGUCAAAAUCCUCAUCUUUCAUCUUCAGUUGAUAUUGAUACUUCGAGCGAACGAGUUUCAAAUAGUACAACACAACAAACAACAACAACAGGUUCCAUUAACUAUACUCAAAGUAUGAAUGCAGGAAGCAAUAAAUAUGAUACCACAUCAUUAAAUGUUUCAAGAAAUCAAGGAUAUCAAAGUAGUUCCUUUCAAAAUGUACCGAAUAUGAUGUCACAAGGAAUAACACCUACUGCAGCGUCAAAUAUUCCCCCUAGCAUGCAAAACAGUCAAAAUCUUAAUGUUUCUGCAGCAUUCCAAACUGGCCCACAGUUGACAUCAACCACAAUACCAAACAUUCAAGGCAAUAUUCCGUCACCACAUACAAAUAUUACUAAUACCGUGUCGUCGAGUGUACCUGGUCACAAUCCUCAAGGUAAUAUGAGUUGCAUUCCUCCUGCUGUACCAAAUAUUUUAGGAAAUAUACAGCAGUCUAUGCAUAAUAAUUCAAAUACUAUGACUAGCGUACAAGGCAGUGUUCCUACAACUAUACAGAGUAUGCAAGUUGGAAUGCCAAUUAAUACCCAAAAUAUUCACGGCGCCUUAGGUCCUAAUAUGCCUUCAAACCAACCUCCCGUAGUACCAAGUGUAUCCCAUAAUAUCAACCAAAAUAUGAUUAUUAUGGGAUCGAAUAAUAUACCUCAUCCAAGUUUGUAUACCCACCAUCAAGAAAUUACAUCACUACAACAGCAAAUUCAAGAAAUUUACUGUUUGCCGCCGUCAAAUGAAAAUAGAGAAAAAGUCAGAUGUUUUCAAGACAGAUUGUCUAUGCUUCAACAUCAUGAAACUAAUGAUAAAUGCAGUGGCGGUCCAAAUUGUAUAUUGCAAAAUCCAAUUUAUGGGUCAAAAAUGGUUGAAAGUCCUCAAGUAACUAGUACAACUGGCCGUGGACGAGGAAAAGGCCCUGCUAAGCCUAGAAAACCACGUGCUAAAAAAGAAAAAAUAACGACGAUGCCACAAUCUCUUGACUUACUACCAGUAUCAGAAGAUUGUGUAACUGCAGGUACAGGUCUACAAAGUCACUCUGAGAUUGAUGUUGAACCUACUGAUGAAAUUGCUAAUUUAGAUAGUAGUGCUUUAUCGAUUGACGAUGUUCCAAUGGAAAAAGUUCGAAAGCAAAGAGGACCACGCAAAGGUAAAGAACGAAAACCUCGUACGCCUAAAGAACCGAAAGUACAAAAAGACAUAGAAGGUAAACCUGUAAAAGAAAGGAAAAAACGAGAACCUAAAGAUCCAAACGCUCCAAAAAGAAAAAGGAAUGUGAAGAAAGGUAUUUCUGAGGUAUUUGCUGAUACAACGACGUGUAACGAUCUUUUAGAUUCCGAUAAUAUAGACAACAGUAUAAAGGAUCACAGUUUUAACAAAAGUAUAACGAGCAUAGAUGUUACCAAAAUGAAUCAAGAAGUCUCGUUAGAUGAAUCAAAUGUUACAGAUUUUGAUGACAUUCCUGUUUCUAAAAUAGCUAUUAAAGAAUUAUUGGAAGAGGCUGAAGCAAAAAAAGAACUGACUGAUAAAGAUGAAGACUACGAUAAUUUCAAUCAUAAGAAACGAUCUAAAAAAAGAACUAGUGGGCCAAGUAGUUGUAAAAAGUUAGUAACUAAGAGAACAUCCAGUGGAAAGCGGAAAAAAAGGGGAGGUUUAAUACCCGAUUCUGAUGGAGAACCUGAUGAUUUGGUGUCAACGCCCCCUCCAUCACCACCGCCAGAAGGUGACGACAGCUUAAAACGUCGUUCUGCGAGAAAUACUCAACGUAAAAAAUAUACAGAUGACGUACUACUUCGUUUAUCUGAUGAUGAAUUUUCAUUAGCGGCCCCUAAACAAGAAAAAGAAUUUGAAGACUUUAGCCAUGAAACCAAAGACACACAAAUAAAGCCUGAAGGUACACCUAAACCAAACUAUAUAUACGUUAAUAUUACUGAGGAGGACUCAAUGAUAGUUCAACAUGUAUUAGCGUGUCGUAUGGGAAAAAGAGAAAUGAAAAUAGACUUAUAUCUAAAUGAAAAGACACAACACAACACUCACACAACAAAACCUAAUGAAGAAGAUGAACUUGAAAUGCCAAAAGAAAUUGACGAAAACUUAGAAUCGCACAAAGAGAAUGCAGAAACGUCCGAGUGUCAAACCACUGAAGGCAAUGAAAAUGUCAGUGUAUCUAGUAAAAUACCUAAAGAUGAAGAAGAUCAAAAGAGAGAAGGUAGUAAAACUGAUUUAGAAAAGGAAAAUACUACUUCUAAACCUGUUAUGGUAGAUGUGGAAGAAUAUUUCGUGAAGUACAGAAAUUUUUCUUAUUUGCACUGUGAAUGGAAAACUGAAGAAGAACUUUAUAAAGGUGAUAAAAGAAUAUAUUCGAAAAUAAAACGCUUUAAACAAAAACAAGCCCAGCAGCUGAAUAUAUUUGAACUUUUGGAUGAUGAACCUUUUAAUCCAGAUUAUGUUGAAGUUGAAAGAAUUUUAGAUAUGUCUGAAAAUCAAGAUCCUGCUAACAACACUGUGGUCAAACAUUAUUUGGUUAAAUGGAAAAGCUUACAAUAUGAGGACAGUACGUGGGAGCUCGAGGAAGAUAUUGAUGUGGAUAAAAUACGUCAGUAUAAAAUUUUUAGUGAGAAGCCACAAAAAGAGAAAUGGAAGUUUAAGAAACGACCAUCAGCUGAUCAGUGGACCCAAUUAAAAGAGUCCCCCUUGUAUAAAGGCGGAAAUACAUUAAGGCCGUACCAGUUAGAAGGGUUAAAUUGGUUACUAUUUUCUUGGCAUAAUAAUCGUAAUUGUAUUUUAGCAGAUGAAAUGGGCUUGGGAAAAACUAUUCAAAGUUUAACCUUUGUUAAUUCUGUUUGGGAAUAUGGUAUAAGAGGUCCAUUUCUAAUUAUUGCUCCAUUGUCAACUAUUCCUAAUUGGCAGCGAGAAUUUGAAGGUUGGACUGAAAUGAAUGUAAUAGUCUACCAUGGAUCUCAACAAAGCAAAAGUAUGAUUCAAGAAUAUGAAUUUUAUUAUAAAAAUGAAAAAGGAGAGCCCAUUAAAGAAAUAACAAAGUUUAAUGUUUUGAUUACGACUUUUGAAAUAAUAGUGACAGAUUUUCAAGAAUUAAAAUCUUUUAACUGGCGAUUGUGUGUAAUAGAUGAAGCUCAUAGGCUUAAAAAUAGAAAUUGUAAAUUGUUGGAGGGUUUGAGACAAUUACAUUUAGAACAUAGAGUUCUUCUAUCUGGAACACCUUUACAAAAUAAUGUGAAUGAAUUAUUUUCGUUGUUAAAUUUCUUAGAACCAUCGCAAUUUUCGAGCAACGAAGCAUUUUUAACAGAGUUUGGUCAACUAAAAACAGAGUCUGAGGUUUUAAAAUUACAAGCUCUUCUUAAACCGAUGAUGUUAAGACGUUUAAAAGAAGACGUCGAAAAAACUCUUGCUCCAAAAGAAGAAACCAUAAUAGAAGUUGAAUUAACAAAUAUACAGAAAAAAUAUUAUAGAGCAAUAUUAGAGCGAAAUUUUAGCUUCCUACAAAAGGGUACUACAUCAGCAGCAAACAUACCCAACCUUAUGAACACAAUGAUGGAAUUAAGAAAGUGUUGUAUCCACCCAUACCUUUUAAAUGGCGCGGAAGAUCAAAUACAAUUUGACUAUAAACAGGCUAAUGGAGAAGAUAAGCAAGCUUAUUAUAAAGCUCUUAUUCAAUCAUCUGGUAAAAUGGUUUUGGUUGACAAGUUACUACCAAAACUUAAAGCUGGGGGACAUAGAGUCCUAAUAUUCAGUCAAAUGGUGAGAUGUUUAGACAUAUUAGAAGAUUAUCUUGUAUUUAAAAAAUAUCCUUAUGAACGCAUUGAUGGACGAAUAAGAGGAAAUUUAAGACAAGAAGCUAUUGAUAGAUUUUCAAAACCAGAUUCCGAUCGAUUUGUGUUUUUACUAUGCACUAAAGCAGGCGGUCUCGGAAUAAACUUGACUGCUGCUGAUACCGUUAUAAUAUAUGACAGCGAUUGGAAUCCGCAAAACGAUUUACAAGCACAAGCCAGAUGCCACCGAAUUGGGCAACAAAAAAUGGUUAAGAUAUAUAGAUUGAUUUGUAGAAACUCUUAUGAAAGAGAAAUGUUUGAUAAAGCAUCCUUAAAGCUUGGUUUAGAUAAAGCUAUUUUGCAAAGCAUGAAUACUUCACAAGGAAAGGAAACCGGUUUAAAACAGCUUUCAAAAAAAGAAAUUGAAGAUCUUUUAAAAAAAGGCGCCUAUGGUGCUGUGAUGGAUGAGGAUAAUGCUGGGGACAAAUUUUGCGAGGAAGAUAUCGAAAUGAUUUUAGCUCGUCGCACACAAGUCAUUCAAAUGGAAUCUGAAAAAGGAUCUACAUUUUCCAAAGCAAGUUUUGCUGCUACAGAUCAAAGAUCAGACAUUGAUAUAAGAGAUCCUGACUUUUGGAAUAAAUGGGCUAAAAAGGCAGAGAUAGAUACUACAGAAAAGAAAGAGGAUGAAGAUUUAAUAGUGACAGAACCAAGAAAGAGAACAAUUAUCAAAAGAUAUGGUCAUGAUGAUGGUCCAAUGGAAAUGUCUGACAUGGAAGUCACGCCAGAUUCUGAUGAGGACGAAGAAGGUAUCAGUUUGAGAAGUAAGAGAAAAAAGGAUAAACUAGGUAGAAAAGGACGUAGAUAUGCCAGUGAUGAUUAUGUGCCACGCCAUGAAGGAGUUCCCAUAGAUGAGGAAGUUGUUUAUGGAUCUUGGACCAGGUCUGAGUGCUUCAAGAUAGAACGUGGUCUCCUUACGUUCGGAUGGGCGCGUUGGGAAGAAAUACUAGAUAAAAAUCAAUUUAGAAAAGGUUGGACAAUACCUGUAAUUGAAGACUGUGCCCGUAUUAUCGUCUUGUACUGUCUACGUCAUUAUAAAGGUGAUGAAAAAAUUAGAAACUUCAUUUGGGAUCUUAUAGAGCCCUGUGAAAAUGGAGAAGUGACAAUCUCAAGAAAUCAUAGUGGAUUACACAAUCCAGUGCCGCGAGGCAGAAAUGCAAAAAAAAAGAAUAGACUGAAAGAUGUGCCAAGAGUGAAUGAUACUCAGAAAUGGGAGGACUCAAACCAUUGGAGUUCUACUGAUAAAUAUGACUGUGAAGCUUACUUAGAAAGCAGCUACAAGAAACACCUAUUCAGACAUGCCAACAAAGUAUUAUUAAGAGUUCGAAUGAUGUAUUACAUAAAACAUGAAGUUAUUGGGGACUAUGCUACACAAAUCGAGAGUGGCUGCCAUGCUAGCACUAUGGGCAUGCGAGUGCCGCGCGGGGUCGACAGCGCGCCGCCGCGGCUGUGGUGGGACGCGGAGUGCGACGUGUCGCUGCUGGUGGGCACCUACAAGCACGGCUACGAGAACUACUUGGCCAUGCGCUCCGACCCGCAACUGUGCUUCGUCGACAAGCUCGGCCCGCCCGACGACGCCGAGUGUACGGACAUCAAGAGUGAAGAGAGAAAAAUUCGAGGCAGUGUGGCCGGUGACGAAGAGUGCACGGACGACGUGUCAAGCGGAGCUGGCGCCGCCUCGCCCGCGGCAUCGCCCGCCGCCUCACGCGCCGCCUCGCCCGCCGCGUCGUCCGCCUCGCGCGCCGACGACGACGCGCCCACGCACCUGUGGCCCUCCAUGCAGGACCUCAACACGCGCCUGCGCCGCCUGAUCACGGCCUACCAGCGCAACUACAAGCGCGAGGAACUAAAGCUGCAGCAAAGAGCGAAGAUGGAACGUCGUGAAAGAAUGGACCAGCUUGCUCGUGAUGAAAUCUCGCAAUGGCGUUGGACCCGCGCUGACGAGGAAGCCUUCCGACGCACGGUCGCUUCCUACGGAGUAGAGUUCGAUCCCGCCACCAAGAGCUUGCGCUGGAGUCGCUUUAGAUCGCUGGCUCGGCUGGACUCUAAGAGCGACGACGCAUUGACGGAUUAUCUCAAGGCGUUCAUGGCUAUGUGUAAGCGACAGUGCGGCCUCUCGGUCGGUGAGGCGGAACUGCCGACGCGAGCAGACUUGAAAGCGGAACCCAUUGGCGAAGAACGGGCCAUAGCUACACUGGAGAGGAUCGACUUGUUGCGCGUCCUGCGCGAGGAGGUGGCGCCGCACGCCGCGCUGGAGGCGCGCCUGGCGCUGUGCGAGCGCUCGCUGGACGCGCCGCCGUGGUGGCAGCCGGCGCGACACGACAAGCUGCUGGUGCUCGGCGUGUGCAAACAUGGAUUGGGUGAUACAUACAAUAAAUUAUUCUGCGAUCCUAAACUACCUUUUGCCGAUUGUGCUAGAAAAUGGAACGCAAAGUUCAAGAGUGGGAUACAAAGUGAUUUGCAGAAAACUGAGGAUGAGGACGAUAAGAAUGCUUCAGAGACAACUGCAGAGCCCAGAAUGUCAUUACGCCGUAGUAAGCGUACUUCGAAUGUCCAAGAUCGGGACGCCGAAGACGAUACAGAUGCACUCUCCGAAUUGGAAACAUUAGCCAAAUUGGGAAGAAUAGAUGAAACGUUGACGCCAGAGCAUUGGUUUUCAGAAAGAGCUCUAGAGACUAGGCUCCAUCAUAUCGCUCACGCAGUUCAGAACUGCGAAUGGCCUUCAGUGUCAACAGCGGCGAGCUCAUCGAAGGCGAGCGAUGGAGCAAGCACACAAAUAGAAACAAUGGACGAUCGUAAACAAAGUCAAAAACGGCACAUCGCGAUCGACGUGGAGACGGAACGCGCUAAGUUACAUGCAUUGCUUUCAUCGCCUCAGGCUGCACAUUCGUCGUCUCGAGAGUCGCACAGGACUGUUGUGGACCGCGAUGAUGCGUCCAGCGACUCUGGCUCGCGCCGCUCGACGCCCGCGCCGCCGCCUGCGCACCAGCGAGUGGCGCCGUCGCCUGCGCCAGCGGCGACACCCGCUGCUGCGCCCGCGCCCUCGCCGGCCGUGUCCGCGCCCGUUGAUCUCUCUGCACCUCUCGACUUGAGCGAAGCGCAAGACUUCUCCAUGGGUCGCCGCACUCCGCAGGCGGACGUGCAGACAGCUCCAGUUCGUAGUCGGCUGGACGAUUCUAUCACGCGAAUGAUGAAACGGAAAAAUGUGCCGGCGCCAGAACAGAUAACCUCCAAAGAAAAGAAAAGGAAAAAACUAGAUGAAAUUGUCCUAGGAUUAUCUGCCGCUAAGGGACAAAGUCCGACCUCUACGGUUUCGUAUGAUCCGCCUCGGAAUAAAAAUUCCUCUGUACUACCUGAAGUGACGGUCACUCCAGCGGCUCCACCCAGUAGCAGUGCAGCUACUCCGACACAAAAACCAUUUUCUGUGACUGUUACAAAUGUACCAUCACCACAUGCCUCAUCAAAAGAAUUAUCAUCCUUCUUACAACAAUCCCUUGAACAAAACAACAAACCACAAAAACCACCAUCAUCAACUACACCCAAACCUUACUCUCACGAAGCUAAAGUAAACAAAUGGUUAGCUGAACAAGCCAAUGUAGAUACACGAAGACGUGGGUUAGCACCGCGACUCGCGCCUGAUGAACAUGUGCCUGUUGUCCACCGUGUAACAGGAAAACGGCUCAUGGGCCAUAAAGCACCACAGUUAAAACAUUUAGCGCACUGGAUUGCAGAAAAUCCAAUGUACGACAUUGACUCGAAAUGGACAGAAGGUAUAAAAGAACACGUGAAGUUGCCUCAAGAUGUGCGCAAUCCGAGACAUUCCCCAAUGCAGCCAACAACUUCUGUACCUGAACGCAAAAAGGGUAGACCACCAACCCUUGAUUCGACAUCAACAAAUGUAUUGUCCUCAAAUACACAUUUAAAUCAAAACAUUUCUGGCUUAAAUCCUGCACUUCUUGCAAGUUUAUCGAGUUUGAGCUUUGACCCAAAAUCUUUAGCUGCAACAUUAUCUAAUUUAACUGGAUUUGACCCUAAGCUACUUUCAAGUCUGAGUAGUUUUGAUCCUAAAAAUAAUCCAUUAUUAAACUCUUUCAACAGUAUGCCAAAUUUGCUCGGAAAUAUGACAGGUGGUAAUAUAUUUGCAAACUUGGCCGGUUUGGGGCUGCCUGGGUUUCCUUCACUUGAUAUGAAUACUUUAAGUUCAACAAGUACUUCAAGUGAUAAUAAGUCAAAAACGAGGAAGCCAACUGAAACUUCAAGUGCGUCUACUUCAAAAUCGUCAAACUCACAAUUUCCAUUCGUAUUUCCAAAUCCAAAUAUGCUAUAUCCCCAACUUGGUCUGAGUGGUUUAUCGCCGUUUGGAGUUCAUUCGGGGAUGUCAUCAGCUUAUGAUGCAUUAGGAUUAUUAAGUGGUAAUUUAGCAGCAAGUUCCAGUUCAACGACUUUACAUAAUUCAAGUCAUAGUUCCCGAGGCAACUCGAAAACUACAGCUGCUAGAUCUUCUACCGUAACAACUACUUCUUCUGCAUCUCGACAGCAAAAAGGUUCUGAUCGAGCUCAGUCAAGUCACUUAUCACAAAUCCUUUUGCCGCCAGAUCCUUAUUUAUUAGAAUCGUUAUCUAAACAGACUCUUAAUUAUGACGCCGCUUUGAAAGCAGAAAAGAGAUCUCGCGAUGUUGAUAGUCAAGAAGCAGCUGCGACCGAUUUGUCUAAAGUUGAUAAAAAGAAACUUUCUUUUGAUCCUUUGCGAUCCCAGAUGCCACCAGAGUUUGCUGCUGUGCAAGAAAAACUUUUAAAGGGUGAUAAAAAAGAUAUAGAUAUUAGUAAAAUGCUAUUGGAACAAAUGGCUUCAGGGGCAUUAAGUGCUAGUCUCGUUAGCUCCACUGAAGCAAAAAAAUCGAAAGAUUUAGAAAAAGAUUAUGAAAAACUAGGGAAACCACCUGAAUAUUUGUCACGCAUCACCUCUGAGGAUGCAGGUUCAAGCAUAUCUAUUGCUCAUAAAAGAACUUUGGAUGAUAUAAGCAACGAGCCAGAAAAUUUGGCUAUUCAAUCGAUUCCAAAAAAACUCAAGGAUAACUCAUCUGAACUAAUAAGAAACAUAGACAAACGAUCAGACACUACAAAUACUAGUGAAAUGGAUCUAGAAGAUUUAAUUGCGCCAUCUACUGUUAUAAAAACUGGCAUGAAAGCUAGUGAUUUCGAAAUGAAUCGGACUAAUGAAACGGCAACAUCUUUAAUUAUUUCAAAUACUGACAGAGAUGAUAAAGUACAUCAAAGAAUUUCAAGUCCCCGCGAAAAAGAAAUAAAUAAUGAUAGUGAUAAUUUGAAAAAAGGCGAUUGUUCUAUCAACAUAGAAAACGAAAUUAGGGAGGACAACACUGAUGAAGUAAUAGGCGAUAUAUCUUCAAGUGAAGGUGGUCGUAAAGGAAUUCGAAAGAAAGGACGAAAGUCAUCAGAAGAAUCUUCGUUAGGGCCACGACGGGAAUUAAGAUCAAGUGCUGGUCGACAAUCAACAGAGUCGAUAAAUCACUAAUAUGGUUUAUGUAUGUAUAAGUAUCGUGUAUACUUUAAUCAAUAUGUUUACAUAAAAUGUCUAACUGUUUUAGGUAAUAAAUUGUUUCAUCGUUGUUCAAUGUAAAAAAUAUCAAGGAAAAAACUACUUUUAAACACAAUCAUAAUUUUUUACAAAGGAACCGCUUCCAUAAAAAAAAGUAACACUUAUCAGCAUUUUAUUUCUACUGUGAUUUACAGUGUGAGGAUAUUUUGAUAAAUUAGACUUUUGACCGAGUGCUCAUUCUGAAGGGGAACCGCACGCACAAGUAUGCGGUGCACGAAACUAUGAAACACCGUCAUUCAGGAAGUACACUUAGAGCGGAGCACACGAUGCGUUGUCGCCGAAGAGGUGUCGCUGCGUCGUCUUAAGCUUUGGUCUCUUGAUCACGCUGCACGUCGCAGCGACCGUGACGGUACAAAAUACCACUCUGGACGUUUGUCAUACGAUUAUGUGUCCGACGGCGCAUGCCCCACACCGCAGCAGUGUGCAGCACGAUCAAGAGACCAUUUUACAUAGAAAUAUCUGUGGCAUGUCACUUGAUGCUCUCCGGCGCCGCACCGGACUAGCAACCACCGAGACGAGGUGGGUAGAGGUAAUUGCAUUGCGACACCGCUCAGUUGUCUAUGCGUCACAACAUUACUUUAUUAACAGACUGUCCUACGCUGCUACGGCGUCGCUGCGACAUAGCAACGUUGCGGCGCCGCACCGCUGUGUGCCCGCUGAUACGGUGAAAUCUGCGACGCGGCGCCGCAACGCAUCGUUUGCCCCCUCUCAUUGCCAUUCAAUGAUUCAAUGUUAUAUUAUAAACUCUUUAAAAUGAUAGACUAAGUGCUAUAAAUGUUUUAAUUGUGUAUUUAUUCUAAUUAAUUUUUGCGAUUAUGUGGAUAGAAUAAUAAUCCAAAGUACAGUCUAUUUUAUUCCCAUAAAUAAAUGUCUAAAUUAAAUUUUCGUAAAUGUAUUCUUCGAUCCUGAAAAAGAUGUUAAGUACAUGACAGUUUCCUGGGGCUGCCAUAGAAAUCUACUAGUAAAUACUCUCGUAUUGAUGUCUUAAAUUUGAAAAUAGUUUUGGUACGUCAGCAUUAUGAUAUCGAUAGUUCAAUUUAUCAUGUGAAUAUGUGAUGUACAAAAAUGCGCACUAAUUUUGAGCCGAGUCUUGACUUUUUUUUUUAAUCUUUUGUAACUAAAUGUAAAAAUAGCCAGUGACGUUUGAACAACUUAAGUGUAGUGACAUUAUAAAAUAUCAUGUAUUUUAUUAUAUCUACAAGACUGCUAAAAUCGUUAUUACUUUUUUUUUUUACCUAUUCUUUGGUACUAAAUGGUCUUUUUUUAGUUGAUACUGCGAGCUUGUUGUAGACCUACUAAGUAUCUUUGACAGUGCACCACUUUUAGGUGCGAAAAAAAUUAACCGCGUUUCACUAACAAUAGAGAUAAAUAAAUAUGUAUCAUUGCGCAGUGUUUUAUAUGCUAACCUUUAAUUAUAUAAUAAUUAUGUUUUUCAUCUAUACGUAAUUAUUGUAUUAAUAAAAAAUGAUUUUUUUUUCUAUCAAAAUAUAAUGAGUGUAAACUCUUGUAAGAUCUCGGGAAUGUCCGCAUGUUAGCGGCGAACUAUUAUAAUAUUAUGUAGUAAGAAAUUUAACUCAAGCAUUCUGUUAUAUAAGUUUAUAAUUAAGACGGUUUUAAUUAAUUGAAUCAACGUAGAUAAAUAUAGAAGUUAGUAUGUAUCUACACAAAUUUGAUUAACUGAUUAUUAUUAUUAUUAUAUACACUUAUACUAUUUUCAAUAAGUCAAUCGCUGAAUGUGAUAGAAUUAUUUAUUACAUGUAUUUUUAUUAAUUUGCAUAGUUGUAUUGAAGAUGAUUGUAUGUAGAUAGUAGUAAGAUGACACAUCGUAAAAAUAAAUUCUAAAAAUUUGUA